CUUUCUUAUUUCCCAACCAUGGGUCGCAAGCCUACUCCCAAGACCCCUGAGGUCAAGACCGCCAUCGAGGUCACAGCCGAGGACACGAACGAGCUGGCCGAGAUGUUUUUGAAGAUGUCCCAGGUGCUUGAGCGCAUGUCUGGAAUCCCGCUGAAGCAGUCAAAGCCUGCCGCUCGCGUGCGCGACCCGCUCGAGCCCAAGAGGCCGAUGACGCCCUACCUGCUGUUUAGCCGGGAACACCGCAACGAGAUCCGCCAGGCUGAUCCCGAUGCUCCCUCGCAGACUAUUGCCAAGCGUGUUGGCGAUGCCUGGAAGAACCUGUCCCAAGAGGAGCGUGAUGUGUAUAUUGCCGAGCACCGGGUGCUGCGUGCCGACUACAAGCGCCGCGUGGCAGAAUACGAGGCCCAGAAGGAGAAGGCUGCCACCAGUGUCGGCAACGUCGUGGCUAAGAUCAGCUCCACCCUUGCUGGUGCUGCCUUGUCUGCUGCCUCAUCGCCCGAGGAGUCCGCCGAUGGUGAUUCUUCGUCGGAGGAGGAGGAGGAAGAGGAAGAGGAGGAGGAGGAGCCUGUUGCGCCCGCCAAGCCUGCUCCCAAGCCCAAGGCCAAGAAGGCCGCUUCGCCCAAGGCUGUCACCAAGACCAAGGCUGCUGCUAAGCCCAAGGCGGCUGCGGCUGCCCCCACUCACCACAAGAAGGUGGUGAAGCGGAAGGCUGCUGCCGCUCCUGCCGAGGACACUCCUGCCUCGCCCUCGAAGAAGCGCACAGCCAAGUCGACCGAGGGCGGAGUCAAGAAGGUCAAGAAGACCAAGACUGCUGCCAACGGGUUGGCUGAGGCUCCGAAAAAGAAGACCAAGAAGGCCACCGCCCCUGCCGAUGCCAGCAAGUAAGGCGGGCUAGAUCCGUCCUGGGAUGUAGGGCCG